GAUAAAUAGGAACAGAAUGGGCUGAAGAGGUUAUCAGAAUGGCUAGCAUUACGCACAAGAUCAAUGGUUUGUCUGAUUUCUGCAUCGUUACAAUCCUUCCAUGAUCUUCCCUUGCAUGGAUGUGGUUAUGUGGAUGCGAAUCCGAAUAGUUCAGACUUCAAACGACGCUCUCUCAUGUUAGUAAACCUUGCCGUUCAUCCAAAUGUUGAUCUCAAAACUAACAGCCCUGCUGUAUAACUCUCGAACUGUGAACCAGGCAAGCCAAAUCCAUGCACAAGUCCUUGUCAAUGGUCUUCACCAGAUCGAGCCCCUAUUGCUCCGCCGGCCGCUUCUCUCUGCAAGCGAUUGUUCUCGAAGUAUUGCACAGUAUGCCCAGUCAAUCCUUCACCAUUUGCAAGAACCUGACGCUGUCUCGUGGGCUUGCAGUAUUCGAAUUCUCUCCCGGCACGGCCAAUUCAAGGAGGCUUAUGCUCUCUAUGCUGAGAUGCAGAGACGUGGACUAACUCCAGGAACAUUUGCUUUAUCUUCUGUUCUUAAGGCAUGUGCUAGGCUUGUGAAUAAGAUUGGUGGGUUUUCAAUUCAUGCCCAGAUUCAUAAAUACGGUUUCUGUGGUGGCGUUUACGUGCAAACUGCUCUUGUGGAUUUGUACUCGAAGUUCGGUGAUAUGGUGGCUGCACAGAUGGUGUUUGAUGAAAUGGGUGAGAGAAAUGUAGUUUCAUGGAACUCAUUGUUAUCUGGGUAUUUGAAAGCUGGAGAGUUGAGUGUAGCUAGAAGGGUUUUUGAUGAGAUUCCGAGGAAAGAUGUUAUCUCCUGGAAUUCAAUGAUUUCUGGGUAUGCGAGCAUAGGUGAUAUGGUGGGGGCAUACUCUCUGUUUGGACAGAUGCCGGAAAGAAAUAUAGCUUCUUGGAAUGCAAUGGUGAGUGGAUACGUGGGCUCUGGGAACAUUGAAUUAGCGCGGAACAUUUUUGAUGCAAUGCCUCAUAGAAACAAUGUUUCUUGGAUUACUAUGAUCUCAGGAUACUCAAAAUGUGGUGACGUUGACUCUGCUCGUGAGCUAUUUGAUCGGAUGGAUGAGAAGGAUCAGCUCACGUGUAAUGCCAUUAUAGCUUGUUAUGCUCAAAACAGCCGCCCAAAGAAGGCCAUUGAGCUAUUCAACAAAAUGCUUGAACCAAAUGGACGCAUUCAACCAGAUAAAAUGACAUUGGUUAGUGUUAUAUCUGCUUGUUCUCAAUUGGGUGAUGUGAGAUUUGGGUCUUGGAUCGAGUCAUAUAUGAGAAAACUUGGAAUUGAAAUCGACAAUCACUUGGCUACUGCUUUAAUUGACUUGUAUGCAAAGAGUGGAGGCAUUGAUAGGGCAUAUGAACUUUUCCAUAACUUGGGAAAAAGGGAUUUGGUUGCUUAUACUGCAAUGAUCUUGGGAUGCGGCAUCAAUGGUAAGGCAACUGAUGCCAUCAAGUUGUUUGAUGAGAUGAUGGAUGCCCAUAUUUGCCCAAAUUUAGUCACCUUCACUGGGCUGUUGACAGCUUAUAACCAUGCAGGCUUGGUUGAAGAAGGCUAUCAUUGCUUUAACUCCAUGAAGAAGUACGGACUUACACCGUCAGCUGAUCAUUAUGGCAUUGUGGUUGAUCUAUUAGGCAGGGCAGGAAGGUUACAGGAAGCACAUCAGCUAAUAAUAAGUAUGCCUAUGCAGCCUCAUGCAGGGGUUUGGGGAGCCUUGCUUCUUGCUUGCAGGUUGCAUAACAAUGUUGAACUUGGAGAGAUUGCAGCAAACCAUUGCUUUGAAUUGGAACCUGAUACAACUGGUUACUGUUCUCUUCUUGCGAAUAUUUAUGCCUCUGUUGGGAGGUGGGAGGAUGCCAAGAGAUUGAGAAAUGUUUUACAAGAAAAAGGAUUUUCGAAGACUCCUGGCUGCAGUUGGAUGGAAACAGCUUGACCCUUCCCUAAUUUGAAAUUGCCAAAACCAUUGUAUAGACCAUAGUUCACAUUGCUAUUAGUUGCUGGAGGACAACUGAUGUGGGAUUCUUCACGCUCCAAAUAAGAUGAGGCAAUGUGGUUGGGAAUGCCUUGUAGAUGAGCAACUCUACUCAUGUCCCGAAAUGUGGAUGCAUCUUCCCAAGGUGGAAGAGCCAAUCCAGGCUAUAGAUCUGAGCUCUGCCGUAUGUUCUUCAACAUCUCCAUGGCUUGUACCACUAGAAAUAUCCGUCUCAUGCCUAGUUCAACAUUUUGUUUAUCAAUGGGAAGAAUCCACAGGAAAUGUGAACCCUACAAACCCCCUCAAUUAGUUGCCUGCCUUAAAAAAAAACCCGUCAGUAACUCGAGCAUUAGAGAGUUCUUCUGAAGCCCCCACCUCCUGUCACCCUCUUUAUCUUGCAAGCCACCAUGGACCUGCUCAAGUCCCUCGCAGCUGGAAUCAGCAUCAAAUUAGUUUGAUCUUCAAUGGACGUUGGAUUUUUUAUCACGACAAAUUACUGGUGGGACCUGCUCAAGUCCCGCCUCCUGUCACCCUCUUUCAAUUUCUGAUCUUCAACGGACGUUGGGUUUUUGCUCGAUUAGUUUGGAUUGCAGUCGCACAUUGAGGGGCUUCUGGGAGGGCUGAUCACGACAAAUUACUGGGACCUGCUCAAGUCCCACCUCCUUUCACCCUCUUUAAAUUUCUGGUCUUCAAUGGACGUUGGAUUUUUGCUCGAUUAGUUUGGAUUGCAGUCGCAUAUUGAGGGGCUUCUGGGAGGGCUGAUCACGACAAAUUACUGGGACAAACCUCGUAUAUUAUGUACUCAAAAGUUCCGGCUGCUGUGAGCAAGGGCCUGUUUGUGAGAAAAAGUUUUUUUUUUUUUUUUUUUUUUUUGUUUUAAAGAAUUAAAAUAUGUCAAACUCUUUCUAGUUUUUUAAUAUUUAUGUAGAAAUACUGAAAAAUUAAGAAGCAAACUGAUUUUUGUGAGUUUUGAAAAAACUGAAAAUAAAAAAAAUAAAAAAAAAUUUCUGCAA